AUGGCUGUGCCAAGCUCCGGCGCUAAUCUCCAGAAAUGGACCGUUACUGAGCCAUACCUGGAUAUACGCGGUGGUUUGCUUGAAGGUCCUUACUAUACGCCGGCCCGCAAUGAGCUUCGCUUUAUCGACAUUGACCAUGAAAAGGCCUACUUCCUUGACCUUGCCAAAGGACCUGAAUCCCUGAGAGUGGUUUCAGUCAAUUCCCCUAUUGGAGUGACUACAGAUGUCGCCGACGGUUCGGCGGAUAAUCCUAAAAUUCUUGUUGCAGCUAAACAUGGGUUUGCGACUCUUGACCGACAGUCCGGCUCACUGACUUACGUCAACCGUGUCUAUAAUGACUCGGAGGCAUCAUAUAGAAUGCGGUUCAACGACGGUGCCGUUGACAGCCAUGGCCGUUUCUGGGCGGGUUCUUGCAAUGACCACAGGGUGGUUAAAGUAGAGGACCAAGGAACCUUGUAUCGAUUGGAUCCCGACCUGAGCGUGCAUGUCAUGGUGAAUCAGAUGAUCUGCCCGAACGGCAUAGGGUGGAACGCUACCGACGAUGUCAUGUAUUUGACCGACUCACCUAGAGGGAAGAUUUAUGCCUAUGACUACGAUGCUCAGACGGGGGCCAUAUCCAAUCGCCGCGACUUCUUCACGCUGGAUGCUAGCAUCGGUGAACCCGAUGGAUUUGCCAUGGACGUGGAAGGUUGUCUAUGGGUCGCUAUCUGGAGGGGCAGUCGUAUUCUUCGAGUCAACUCCCAAGGCGAGGUUACAGGAGAGAUCUCCUUCCCGACUAGGUUCAUAACAUGCCCCGAGUUUGUGGGCACCGAACUAAUCGUUACCACUGCGUUGGAAAAAGAGCCACUUGCGUACCCAGAGUCGGUUAGGUGGAGUGGAAAAGUGUAUAAAUUGGAUGUAGGAGUGCAGGGCAAACCUAGAACUCCAUUUCGUCCAUGGUGA